GCUUCUUCAUUUCUUCGUCUUCUCAUUUCAGCAACCGAAGAAAAGUAGGGUAUUCAGAGAAAUUUCUUCGUUUGUCUGAAGAUCGUCACAUUCUCCUACUUCAACGUUCUUCUGGAUUUACUUCACAUUUUCAUCCGUGCCAUCUUCCAAGCAUUUGGGUGUGCGUCUGUGAUUGUCUUAUAUUUGGAUUGUAAUCGAAGUUGUCUGAAGAAUGCGGGUGAGUUCGGUGAGACAUUAGUGAACUAAGGUGUGUAUCUCGCGUUUCUCGUGGAUUUUUUGAUUAAGAUACAUUAUUUGGGGCGACAGUUGCAGACUUUCAGCAACCGAAGGAAAGUAGGGGUUCUGAGAGGAAUUUUCGCUCGUCCGAAGAUCGUCUCCUUCUGCUUUAGUAGUCUUCUGCCAUUACUUCACGAUUUCAUCCGUGUCGUUUUGCAAGCAUUUGCAUACAGGCUUGUGAUUGAGCGAGUGUGUCUUCUAUUUGGAUGCUGACCCAAGUUAUCUAAAGAAUGGGGUGAGUUUGGUGAGACAUUGGGGAGUUAAGGUGUGUAUCUUGCAUUUCCGUGGAUUUUUUUUAUUAUUAGAAUGUGAUCUUUGGAGUGGCUGUUGCAUACUGUUACCCAAAGAUUUGUUGGAUGGUGGUUGUUUUGCUUGGUUGUUGCAGAGGGAUCUAAACGAUCCUCUGGAACUUUUGGAUCUAUUUUUUUAUGCUAUUCAUGUGAAAGACCUUUACGCUGCAGUGCUAGGAAACUUAAAAGGAUGCUGACUUGCCUUAGUUAAUUGAGUUGGUUUUUCAUUUUUGGAUUUUCCUUGGUGUUCAUGAUUUCAUGACAAAUGGGUUGGAGUUUUCGAGGAUGAAGAGUUUGAAAAGCCAACUAAGAAAUUUAGUAGAUAUAAUUCUGUACUGACAACAAAGAUGGGUAUGGCUUGAAGAUUUUAAUUAUUUUUGGGCUGCAUACUUGUGAGGCUUUCGUGGUCUCCUUGAUACGGCUUGUCUUCACGGCAAAUGGGCUGCAAAGUUGGUUGAGUUCCAUAAAGAAUUGAAGUUGUUUAGGAGUUUUCAAGGAUGAAGAGGUUGAAAAACGAACUUCCUGGUACUAGGAGGCUCAGAUUGUCUCAUCUUUUGUUGAGUUUAGCUACAGUAUACUUGAUUUUUGUAUCCAUCAAAUUUGCCAUUUUCUUUGAGAUUUCUUCAGUGUUGGGUAGUGAUGAUAGUUACAUGGGAGCUGAUGGUCUUGCCAUUGGGGAUGUGGAAGAUGGAGAGCUUAGCAAACCAUUUCUUGGCACCGUCUAUAAGGAUCCAUUUUAUAGGAGACUAAAAGAUAAUGAACACCAAAACUUGCCUUGGAUGCCGCUGGAGGAAGGGAAAGGAGAAUCCCUGCCAGCAAAGCCUCACCAGCAUGGUUAUGGUCGAAUAAUUGGUGAAAUUAUGAGGCGAAGGAAUAGGACUAUUGGCAUGUCAUUAUUAGAAAGAAUGGCGGAUGAAGCUUGGACAUUAGGCUCAAAGGCAUGGGCAGAAGUGGAUAAAUUUCACAUGAAGGAUAUAAAUGAUAGCUCUAUACUUCAGGGGAAACCUGAGCCCUGUCCUUCUUGGAUAUCAAUUGGUGGUGAAGAAUUAGGUAGGGUGGAUCGUGUUAUGUUUCUUCCUUGUGGUCUUGCCGCUGGUUCUUCCAUUACAGUGGUGGGGACACCCCAUUAUGCCCAUCAGGAGUAUGUGCCACAGUUUGCAAGAGUGAAAAGGAGGAGUGCACUCGUCCAGGUUUCACAAUUUAUGGUUGAACUGCAAGGGCUAAAAUCAGUUGUUGGGGAGGAUCCACCUAAGAUUCUACAUCUAAAUCCUCGAUUGAGGGGAGAUUGGAGUGACCAACCAGUAAUAGAGCACAAUACCUGCUAUAGGAUGCAAUGGGGGACAGCUCAAAGGUGUAAUGGUUUACCAUCUCUGAAUGACAAUGACAUGCUUGUUGAUGGACGCUUGAGAUGUGAGAAAUGGAUGCGGAAUGAUAUUGUAGAUUCGAAAGGGAAAGAGUCCAAGAUGACCUCAUGGUUCAAGCGAUUCAUUGGUCGUCCACAGAAACCAGAAGUGACCUGGCCAUUUCCUUUUGUUGAGGGUAAAUUGUUCGUCAUGACUCUGCGUGCUGGCAUUGAUGGCUACCACAUUAUAGUUGGGGGUCGGCAUGUGACAUCAUUCCCAUAUCGGACGGGGUUUACACUUGAAGACGCCACAGGAUUGGAAAUUAAAGGUGAUGUGGAUGUUCAUUCAGUGUUUGCAACUUCUCUCCCAACUUCUCAUCCAAGCUUUUCACCCCAAAGGGUGCUAGAAAUGUCUGCAAAGUGGAAAGCUCGCCCAUUACCCAAAAGUCCAAUUCAACUCUUUAUGGGGGUCCUUUCUGCAACCAAUCAUUUUUCCGAGCGCAUGGCAAUUCGAAAAACCUGGAUGCAAUCUUUAGCAGUAAAAUCCUCAAAUGUUGUGGUUCGUUUUUUUGUUGGAUUGAAUCCGAGGAAGGAGGUGAAUGCAAUUAUGAAGAAAGAAGCAUCUUAUUUUGGUGAUAUCGUGAUUUUGCCAUUUAUUGAUCGCUAUGAGCUUGUGGUUCUUAAAACCAUGGCCAUCUGUCAGUAUGGGGUUCAGAAUGUAACGGCUGCUUACAUCAUGAAAUGUGAUGAUGACACAUUCAUUAGGGUGGAUUCUGUCUUGAAAGAGAUUCAAGGAAUCUCUCCCAAACGAUCCCUCUACAUGGGAAAUCUCAACCUCUUACAUCGGCCUCUCAGAAGCGGGAAAUGGGCGGUCACUUAUGAGGAGUGGCCGGAAGAAGUAUACCCGCCUUAUGCCAAUGGGCCUGGAUACAUAAUAUCCAGUGAUAUUGCUAAAUUUGUUGUCUCUCAACAUGUCAAUCGACGUUUACGGAUAUUCAAGAUGGAGGAUGUGAGCAUGGGAAUGUGGGUUCAGCAAUUUAACAGGUCCACACCGGUCCAAUACUCUCACAACUGGAGGUUUUGUCAGUACGGGUGCAUGGAAGAUUAUUACACUUCACAUUACCAAUCUCCUCGACAAAUGAAUUGCCUAUGGGAAAAUUUGGCUCGGGGUCGAGCUCACUGCUGUAACUUAAGAUGACUGGGAAAAGAAAAAAGAAAAAAGAAUAGUAAGCCUGGGGAUGGCUUUAGUAGCCGCCAUUCUGAGUUGCUGUGGGAUUUCUUCCAAUCGUCAUUUUUUGUGCAUAUAGGUGGCCACCGGAAAAUGGCUGCUUGAAUCCCGGCCAUUACUUGGGACGUUUCGUUCUUUCUGGUCAUGGAGGCUGAUGGGGAGGGGGAUUCAGGGACUCUUCCUUGACCCUGUGUGUUGUACUGUCCAAGUGCAUAUAUAUGAUUCAUUCUGGGUCUUCACAUUCUGCAGGCUGGCAAGCAAAUUGUACUUUUAAGAGCAGAGAGCAUGUGAGGCAAUCCUGUUGGAUUCCCAGUUCAUAGCUUAAAAAACCAUGUGAGUUUUUUUUUACUGCAAUUCUAGUUGAGUAGGUUGCUUGGCAAGAAAGGGAAAACUCAUGUGACCAAUGGAGAUGGAGGUAAUAUACCGUUUACCAACCAGGCAGGAUUAGCGUAUGGGCCGUGUGGGAUAUUUGAGGAAACUUCUAUUAACUGUGUGUCCCAAACAAAUCACACACUUGAAAUCUCUCGGGUCUUUUUAACAUAUAAGGGGUGACUAAAAUGUUUUUGUUGUAGUGUGGCCCAAUCCAACGAAUUGCUGCCAUUGGCAUUGGACGUACAUGGGUUGAUAUUUGUCUUUUCUUAAUUCCAAAGUCAUGGUUUCACAAAUAGCAAUGGAGAUGUUGAAAGUCGAUAAAGAGUUGAUAAUUGCAUGAGAAGCCAAAAAAAAA